GAGAGAGAGAGAGAGAGAGAGAGAGAGAGGAAGGAGUGUUAACUUAAAGCAUCGUCAGCUUCCUGAUUGAUCAGACAGACAUAUAGAGGCAGUUCUCUGACAGUUUGAUGAUUUUCUGCAUCAGGAUCAAACUCAGAAUGAAUAUCCACCAUGUUCUGUUCUUCUGCUUCUUAUCAGCACUGCAGGAUGGAAACACUGGACUCGUCAAUGCAAUAAACCUUAUUGCUGGAACUGAAGGAGGAAAUGGUUCAAUUAUUUGCUCCUUCACUUCAUUUGGAAGCACUGUGUUCUUCUGUAAAGGAGAAUGUAAAGAAGAAGACAUUCUCAUUAAAACAGAUGGUGUCACAGCUCAGAGUGGCAGAUACAACAUCAGAUAUAAAGACGGAUCUUCUGGAAGAAGAAAUGUGACUGUGACCUUCACACAGCUGACCAAGUCAGACUCAGGACGGUACAGAUUUGGUUUGGGUGGAUCUUCAGUCCCAGAUUCUUACUGGGACUUUGACCUCAUAGUUACAGAUGCUGCAACGUUGGGUCAAAACACCAGUUUCAUCCGUACAGAAACUGUGGGAGGAAAUAUGACAUAUCCAUGCAUCGAUACUGUCUAUGGAAGCAGGAAGUUCUUCUGUAAGGAUAAAUGUAAAAAAGAAGAAGACAUCCUGGUUGAAACAGAAGAGAACAGAGCUCAGAAUGGCAGAUACAGCAUUGAAUAUAGAGAAGGAUCUACAUAUGGACUGUCUGUGACCAUCACACAGCUGAAGAAGUCAGACACAGGAUGGUACAGGUGUGGUUACGGCAGAGCUUCGUCUCCAGAUUCAUCCUACAUGUUCCCGAUCUUUGUUGUAGAUGCUCCAACCACUUCAAAACCAAACCGGACUCUCCGACCUUUUCCAACAUCAGUCCCAUCAGCCUCCACACCAACAACAACACAGAGUUUAAUCUCCAGUUCAGGAAGCUUCACACCUUCAUCAUCUUUCCCUGAAACCACAGAGCAGUUUACAGCCGUCUCUGAGGUCUCUCGCCCAGGUUACUUCUUGCCUCUGGUUGUAUGUGUGCCUGUGGUUGUUUUGCUGUUGGCUGUUGUUCUGUUGCUCCUCUACAAACUGAAGAAGAGGAGGAACUCUGGUUUGAACACCAGAGGAACCUCAGACAGCAGAAACAUGGAGUUAUCUGUCAUCAAUGAGAACCGUCCUCCAGUCUCCAUGUAUGAAGACUCCGUCUACCAGAACCUGGAUCCAGACAGCAGGGAUCCGGACCAAACCUACUCUGCACUCACAGCAAACACAUGAUGAUGUUUGGAUUUGGAUCUGGAUUCUGUACUGUGCAGGUUAACAUGUGCUGCAAGAUUCCAGUUUGUUCUACUUCAUUUCUUCUUUUUGUUAAAUCAGCAGAUAUUAUCUAUAAACAUGCUAUUUUUCACCUCUAUGCUGAUGAUACACAACUGAUCAUGUUUCUUCUUACUUGCUUAUUCUGAAAUGUUCAUUCUGUCUU